AUGGCAUGGAUUGGCAAUGAAUGGUCAGACGGGGUUGCUCAGCAUAGCCUUAUAGGAUGCUUAGCUUGUAACAGAAGGCACACAAGGCUAAUGGGCAUCGCAGAAUUCUUUCAGUGCAAAGGUUUGUUUGACACAUAUUUUGGCUUCAAGCCUUGUCACUCGUCCAAAGACAUUACAAUGUUAGUUCGUGAACAUGUUAAGGACGGAUGGAUGAGUCAUAUAAUAGAUAUCGAGAGUUAUUGGAGGUUCAGCGACAGCCGAGGCCAGUGGGCAGUUGAGCGCAACGGCGGUGAAGAAAUCCUUCUGGGGAGUAUAGAUAAGCCCUUCGACGAAAGCAUCAUUCUCUGGCAUGUGGCCACGGAUUUUUGCUUCCAUAAGAAGGGCACAUCUCAUGAUUUUCAAUGUGCCAGGAUGUGUAGACAAAUCUCCAACUACAUGAUGCAUCUAUUGUUUGCUAAUCCUGAGAUGUUGUUGCCUGGCAGCAGAAGGAAUUUGUUUACAGAUGCUUAUGAUGAACUCGAGGCCAUCCUCCAAGGUGAUGAUCUAUCACUGCUGGACGAAAGAGGACUUACACUAGGGAUAAUUAACAAGGCAGAGUUACCAGAAGGUUUUCUUCGAGACUCAUGGGUUCUUGCUCAAGAGUUGAUGCAAUUAGGUGAUGAGAAGAAGAUGUGGGAAGUAAUCAAAGCCAUGUGGAUUGAGAUGCUCUGUUUUUCUGUUGGUAGAUGCAGGGGUUACCUGCAUGCCAAGAGCCUGGGCUCCGGUGGGGAGUCCCUGUCCAUCGUCUCGCUCCUGAUGUCGCAUGCAGUACUGGAGACAUAUGCCGAGAGGCAACAGAGAGUGCAGCUUCGGCUUCCCAAAGAGGAGAGAGUGAAUAUUGCAAAACAAAGAAUACAAGGAGCUGCAAAGAACCAAGCUACUGGUGGCUCGUCGACUCCCCAAGGCAUGGUUCCUGUGAAGGAAGAAGAGAUUGCUACCACUCCAUUGGCUUCUCUUUUUUUUUUUUUUGGCAAACAUGCACCGGGACGCAAGCUUUUAAAAUAA